CCGGAAACGAGUAGUUCAUCUUUUCCCCGAGUGUGACAGUGAUAGGUAAACAAAAGGAAGGGACCUCGUUAACCGAGCUUUGCCUGCAACUGGAGAUGUCGUGCACAACUCAUUUUACGCACGGUGACUGAGCACAACAAGCCAGCGGGCACGUUACGUAAGCGCGCAGCCACAGCAGGCAUUUAAACAGUGAGACUGCGAAGCUCCGGCUGUAAACUUUUCCUCUGCUCCACCAGCGUGUCUUCGUCCAGACGGCAUACUUUUACCAUCCAGACAUGUCUUCUUGCAACAACAGCGCGUGUUUGAACGAGGCCAGGAGAGUCGCUAUUUUUGGAGGGACCCACGGAAACGAGAUGUCAGGCGUGACGCUUGUCAACCUGUGGGUGAAGAAUAGCGCCGAGAUACAGAGAAAAGGGGUCGAGACCAAACCUUUUAUCACCAACCCGAAGGCUGUGGAGAAGUGCACCAGAUAUGUGGACACGGACCUGAACCGAGCCUUCACCCCAGAAAACCUCAGUGCCCCGGGAGGAGAUAACCUGCCCUACGAGGUGCAGAGAGCCCAGGAGAUCAACAGGAUAUUCGGACCCAAAGAAAGCCCAGACGCUUACGAUGUUAUCUUUGACCUCCACAACACAACGUCCAACAUGGGCUGCACUCUGAUCCUGGAGAGCUCCAAUGACCAUUUCAAUCUGCAGAUGAUGCACUACAUCAAGAAAGCCAUCGCUCCAGCCAGUUGUCUUGUUCUGCUAAAUGAACAUCCUCUUUUGAAAUAUUCCACUUCACGCUCUGUUGCCAAACACCCUGUUGGUCUGGAAGUGGGUCCUCAGCCUCAAGGUGUUUUGAGGAGCAACAUCUUUGAAGCUAUGAGGGUAAUACUGAAACAUGCCCUGGACUUCAUCGAACUGUUUAAUGAAGGCAUGGAGUUCCCUCCCUGUACAGUGGAAGCUUUCCGGGUCUUGGAGAGGAUUGACUACCCCAGGGAUGCCAAUGGAAACAUCAUUGCCAUGGUGCACCCCAAUUUGCAGGACUGUGACUGGGAACCGCUGAACCCCGGUGACCCUAUGUUCCAAACAUUUGAUGGAAAGACCAUCCACUACCAUGGCUCGGGCACCGUCUAUCCCACUUUUAUUAAUGAGGCAGCCUAUUAUGAAAAACAACAGGCAUUUGUAACCACCAGGCGAGAAGCCUUGGUAGCGAGUGCCAUCAGAAAAGUAUGAAAACUGCUUCGUAAGGCUAACAGCGAUCACUAUUAUGUGUUAGCCACAAAAAAAAAGAAUCUGUGUAUAGAUUUUGCACUUUGUUCUGUUAGCAAAUGACAGACUUUCCUCACAUAAUGGCUAGAUACCAUAUUUUACACACUGAUUUAGUUUUCUAUGCAUUUACUAUCAGAAAAUCUAUUAACUAUGCAAAGACCAUUUGUGGAGGUUUUGCAAUGAGUCACUGUAAAAGUCUUUGAUGUGAAGACUGGUAUAUUGCUGUGGUAAGUAUUUAUGAUACUGUUAUUUAAAAAAAAAUAUUUACAUUAAAUCAACUAAGUUUUAUAAUAUUAAAGGCCAGGCCUAAUCAUUGAUGGCUUAUGAAUCAUUAUACAUCACUCUUUAAGUUUCUUACUACUGCUCAGGAUGGCCAUUUUGGAUCAUAACCUGCAACUUUUGACUGUAGUUGUUUGUCUUCUUGAAAAUAUAUUUGUAAUGUCUAUGGGAGGGUGUUUGUGGCCUUUGAUACUACCUACCUGUGACUCCAGUGGUUGCAUCUGUGGUGCUGUCCUAUUGUUGCCUUAAUAGAGAUUACAGGAAAAAAAAAAAAGCACAACAAAUUUGGAGUGGAAUUUGUGGAUUAUAUGUGUUGGAUAAAAAGAUAUUAUUUUGAUAAGAAAUUGUGUGUUCUGUUCUCCUAAACAAAUGGGAUGCAAUUUCAAACGUGUUUUAUAAUAAUAUAUUUGUGUCUAUUUUGAUAUAAUUGUACCGUAUGUUUGGUUUUAAGUGAUGUAUAGGACUCGUUGAAUCUUUAAAAGCACAUGUACUUUCUUACAAUUUGUACGUCCUUGUUGUGUCAAAGUGUAUCGCUGUGGUCUUAUCUCUCAAUUAGCAAUAUUGUUUGUAGCACCAUAUAUAUGAUUAGUACGUUCACUGUCCUUGAAGUCCUGUGGAAAUGAUCCAAUCAAUAAAUAUAGUACUAUGCUA